UACAGAGUAUCAGUUAGAGAAUUUUCUCUCUCAUGGUUCACUAACACCUUCAGAAUUAAAGCAGAGUGCAAAGCACCAAGGAUAUUGGCAAUCAAGAACAACUGAAGAAUUUCCAGAAUGAGUCAAGCUGAGGAAAGCAGUGUCCACUCGACGUGGAAUAUUGUGAGGUCAGUAGUCUGCAUGAUACUGAGCUUGUCAUUUAUUAUCGGGACCCCUGGAAAUUGCAUCAUCAUAUGGACUGUUUGUACAAAAAUGAAGCAAAUAUCUCCUUCAGUCCUGCUGAUCUUGAACCUGGCCAUUGCAGAUGUCCUCGUACUGAUUACUUUACCAAUUUGGAUUUACUCGUUUGCUGACUCAUGGGUUUUUGGCAUCAUCUUCUGCAAAAUACUGGUUUUCAUUAUUUACUGCAGCAUGUAUGCUAGUAUAUUUCUAAUUACAGCAUUGAGCUUGGAGCGGUUAAUGGCUGUGUUUUACCCUUUCACAAUUCAAAGAUACAAAACAAAAGAAAAGAUUUCUUUAGUCAUGUUCCUCAUUUGGUUCCUGUCUAUUACUUUCGGCAUUUCUGUCAUUCCAUUUCAAGAGACAGAAGAAAUGAAUGGUGGACUACUGUGCACAUGUCGCAACUACUCUUCUAAUAGACAGAAGGUGUCAUAUCUUUUGCUGGAAACUCUUGCAGGUUUUGUAAUCCCUUUUUUAAUUAUUUGCACUUGUUACAUGUGUGUUGCGAGAAGAAUAAGCAGAAUGACUUACCAAUCUAAGCAGCGAUCGGAACGGCUCAUUGCCAGCAUUGUGGUGGCAUUCAUUUUAUGCUGGUUCCCUCAUCAUCUCUUUAACAUCCUAGAUAUUAUUUCAAUCCAGAUAGAACACUCUAAUGAGGAAAUGUCUUUGGCACUGGAUGAAAUUGUAGACAGAGGAGUGUACAUCUCUGGAGCACUUGUAUUCAUCAGUAGCUGUAUUAACCCUCUGCUUUAUGCUUUUGCUGCACGAAGAUUUCAGAAUCACCUGAGGUUUGCCAAGAUAUCAAAGCUGUUUGAACAGAUGAGUCAGACUGUAACAGAGGAAGACAAGAAAAAAAGUUUGGUUGUAACCAAACAAGAAGAUACUUUAGUAAGCACAGAAAAUCUCUAACAAGGAACAUAGACUUAGUGAAUAAUGUGAUUCUGUGUCAUUCCUUCAGUUUUUUUUUCUCCUCAUACUCGCAGCUUCAUUUACUAAGCAGUCCAAGUAAAGCUAGAGACAGGUAAAUGUUAUUUGGGUUUGGUUUGUGAGUUAUAAAAGAAUUGUCGUUGGCAACCUAGUUCAGUUCCUAAGUUACUAUCCACGUCAUGAAAUCAGCAUCAUUUCACUGGUGCUGAGAAUCUCAGCAAGGUGGCUAGAAUCUCAAAGUGUAAAGAAUACAGUAUUUUUGCUUUCCAUUAAAAUUAUUUGUGAUUUCUAGAAAGUCUGUAUGAAGAAAACAGAAAAGGACUGUAUGUGGAAAACAGAAGCUUUGCAAGUGUAAAACUAAGUUUUCCUUUGGAAAAAAAUGUUAGCUGCUCAAAAGUCCUUAUAUAAUUUAAAGUUUUAAGAGAUCAUACUUAAAUUCUUGAUACGGGUAAUGGUUUUAAAGUAUAUUAAAUACACAUAAAACCUCUGUGUAGAUGAAAAAUAUAUAGCUAUUUUUAUUCAUUGAUUUAUUUAGGUUUGAAAGUAAUGAGGGUUGUAUACACGGUCAAGCUCAUUUACUGAAUUAUCUUGUGCUAAUAGGUUUUAACAAGUAAAAUGUGAAGUGUGACGGGCCUCCAGAAAAAAACAGGAGGUUUCUGUGUUGUGUGGCAAACACAGUUAGAGACUUCAUGCUCUAUUUGAUGUCAAAUGCAUUGCAUACUUCAGUGCCAAUUAAACUAUUGAUAUAUUAAAUAUACAUCCUAUGAGUAUCCUCAAAAAGCUUGAUUCAGUCAGGCUUCCAAGAUAUCUAUUAAAUUAUGGGGGGAUUGGAUCAGGCUCUGCUGGGAGGGAAGGAGAGAUCCUUGAUGACAUUUUUUAUGUGUAAGAAAAUUAUGGUACCAGUACAAAGUGUCUAAUAUCAUAAGAACUUCACCUUGCAAAUAAAGCCAUUAUUUUUUUCUUCUGCUGUGGAAUAGAGUGGACUUUGCCAUAACAAGCCAAUAAAUUUAGCACUUGCAAGGACCUUAUUUUAGUUUUGUGAAUGUGUGGAAAAACUGCAUAGCAUCAAGUGUUUGCUUUUGAAGUUUUUUUCAUUUCAAUUAUGCCUCACAUUUUUUGUACUUACUCUUGCUUAUUUUUAAGUCAGUAACUUGUAAUAAGAUCAAGAUAACUACUGAUUACUAAGAAAGGUAUUGUAAUCUCCUGUACAUUCUAGGUAGCUGAUAAAUAGCUAUGUUGCUCAUCUUUACAAAGAAAUGACAAAUAUUACCUAGAACUUAAUUUUCAAAAUCUGAUUAUGUAACAAACAAGGAUAUUUGAGUUGUAUUAAUUUAGCUUGUAAACGGAAAUAAACCUGGGGAAGUAAAA